ACAUUUUUCGUAGAUUGAUGAGGUGGUGUUAAAAUUAAUUUCAAUGUUUUCGCUGGUAAUUAUUAAUAAAAUUUUUGCGCAAUUAAUAGUUUUAAAGUGGUGCUGAAGAUGCUUUACAUGUGACUUUAGAACUCAAGUGCAAAAAUCAGACCUACGGAUGAGUUUUUACGUAAGUGCAAAGUAAAAACAUGUAAGUGACGCGGGAACUUUACUUGUUCCAAUUUCAAUUCUUGUUUCAAUUCAAAAUGGAUUCUAGCGCGAAUAAGGAUUGGAAGCAGAAAUUGGGGUUCCCAAUCAAUUAUGAUUCUGGCCAGAGUUCAGAGGAGGACUUUGACGCUAAUGAUGUGGUGAUGCGCCACUCGCGCCACUCCUCAGGGUAUUACCUGGCGGAAAACGGAGACGGUUCCGAGGCGGAUCUCCUCGGCAGCACACCACCGAGAGCGCGGAUUAGGGACAAGGAAAAGAGGAGGAAUAUCUAUGAAUCAGGGACGAGCUUGCAGAAAAUGCUAGUCGAAGGCAAGAAUCUGGAUGACGUGCCCUCACCAACGCCCCCAGAGCGGCCGAGAAGACGCUGUGGACUAAAACUAAAUCGAUCAAGAGAACGUGAUUGGAAGGACAGUCAAAGAGAGCCCAGGGCAGACUCCCUGCCCUCACCUAGUCCUCAGACCGCUGUACCUACCUUGGUGGAAUCCUGCAGCCGUUUCAUGUCGCUCACUUCCCGUCUAAAGUGUCAAGCGGCAUGCGAAGAGGAUGUUCAGGAGAGAUGCGCAGACGAGGGCUUGCCCGCCAGUAGGGUCAACUUCCACAAUACCUUUAGCAUGCUUAUCAAUAUGGGGAAUAUUGAGAAGGGAUGUAGACGCCAGAUAAGUCGCGAAGAGCAAGUAUGGCAGAAUGAGCUAAAGGAUCUCAUAUGGCUGGAGCUAAAGGCCAAGUUGGCAGGCCGAAGCCUCAGCCAACAGGACGAGUUUCUAUGCUCCCAGCGGAAUAUGAUUCCAGCCAUCAUUUUAAGGAUCCAUGAAUACAAGUUCGAGAAUCCAGACCCUUGCAGAAACCGAUCUCGGCUCCUAUCUCCCAUCGAAGGUUCCCACGAAGAUAUUUCGAAUCAACCCGAAGAACUAAAUAUUGAAGAGAACAACGAAGAUUAUCUCUUCGGCUGUGUAUCAUUCGACUGCGAGCGCUGCACUACCGCAGUGGGUAUCGCUAUGAAGCAGGUAGCAGAGUUGUUGGACGCUUACGAAGCAGCCAUAGCGUUGUACCCAUCGAGUACUGCGGCUUCAGUGGAACACCCCGCGCUAUUCUCGCACAGGACUAUGAACAGGCUGAGAGCGAUGUGUCUGUGGUACAACACGGCGCUUCACAUGCGGCUCAAGGUGCUGUCCGUGCGCCGCAUGCUGCGCACCGUGCGGGAGAAGAGUCGACACGGCUUGGAGCACGGGGUCUCCACGGAACCCAGUAGCAGAAAAUCCUCAACCACCCAAAGACCAUGUCAAGUACGUUUCAAUGUGAGCAACAACACUAGCGAUUCCAACAACAGUGACUCGAGCGGACAGUCUGACAGGAAAUCUGAUCACUCUGAUGACCAGGGGAAGAACCCUGAUGAACAGGGGAAGAACCCUGAUGAACAGAGUAAUGAGGUCAUAGAAGUAGCAACUGAUGAUAAAGGCAAAGGAAGUGACGGAAAAAGAGGAGUUGAUACUACUGACUGUAGUGGACAAGAGAAACUGGAACUCACUGGAGAUAUGACGCCUGAAAUAGUCAUAUCAGAGACAUAUAGCACCAGCGAUACUACUGCAUCAAAUGAAAGCGGCUACAUAUCCGCGGAGCAGUGGUGCAAAAAAGAACAGUCGUACGACGUAUACGACAUCGGUCCCCUGCGUGACGUUGCGCAGCUGAGGCUACUCGGACGAACGGAAGUGUCCGCUUAUCGUGACUACCACUACGAGAUGUUGAAGACGCAGGGCGUGCGACGCUGUAUGAUGUUCAUGAAUAAGAUGUGUAACAAACUACUUAACAAGGUCUACCUAACGCUGCUCGAACCCCAGCCGGAAGGUGCAGAAGAAGACGUGCAAGACGUUCUAGAAGACACCAAAGAAGCGGAACAGAAGACUGAUACACAUAAUAAUUAUGUUAUUAGGAAUACUUAUGAAUUUCGCAGAUAUGGUUGCUGGUGUGAAGAGACGUUGUCGAUGCAGCUCCCUUCGUAUCGAUCGCACUUCCUGCUGCUGACCAGCAUUUGUAUGGAAGCUGUGCACGACUACCUCUCUCUGAGGAUGGAGGGCCGACCCGAACAUCCCUCCUGCCUCACUAUCAAACAGUUAAUACACGAGCUAAAAGAGGGGUUGGAUAUAGCGGCAGAGAUGCGCGCUUCGUUCGCACGCAAUGUAGAGGCCGCAUUACGAGGGUCACGCGCCUUGCCACAGACCCGUAGAGAUUUACUCGAUAUACUCUAUACUUUUGACGCUACCGUUGAAACUGCAUUGCAACAAUAUCUAUCUUACCUCCGGACGAUGUCGGAGACUGAGGCGCAAAGUCGCGCGGCGUUGGCAGCCGAGUGGGCAUUCACCGCGCGAUUGGCCGCGAGAGCGCCGCAAGCAGCCGUACUAGCACCGCCCGCUUUUGCUGAUAUGGCCUGCAAUCAACUUAACAGAGUGUUGAAGAGAUUCGAGGACAAGUUCAAACAAGUCAUGGAGCUAGAGAAAAGCGAGCACUCGGAUCCGGACGAUCAGAGAUAUUUGGUGUACACGAUAUGCCGCGAGGCACAGUGCGUGUACGCGAGCGAGCGCGAGGCAGCUCUGCAAGCGGCGCAGUGGGCGCGCGCGCUUGCCUCGCGCCUCGGACAGAGGCACAGAGUUCAUUGUGGAAGGAUAUUUAAUAGUCUAAUAGCGAUUCGGGACUGCCUGGUGCGCCACACGGCGUAUAUCUUAGAACGAAGCCAGCAGGAACACUUGUCAUCUCACGAACUACCAAAGGACAUUCGCGACAGCAUGAUAGCUCGAGUCAGAGAGCUUUUGUUGCAAGUCUACAAAUUAGGGUUCGAGCUGCACACAGAGCUGUACAAAUUCGCGCAGGCGCCGCUCACGCUGCGCGAGAGGGAAGUGCGACGCAUGCGCCCCUCUUCCCUCCAGCCCUCCCGCCCUCACACCCCUCAACUGAGGAGAAAGAGGCCCGAGACCAUGCUCGUACCCGAGACCUCCUCCACUGCCAACCCGAUGAUUCACAAGGAACUGCACAGAUUUGUCAACGAUUCUCCGCAAUGUAGGGCGUUUUCUUCGCGAAAUGUGGGCGGUUCGCCGAGGAAGAUGCGCCUGUUAAGAUCUGAGAGUAUUGGAGAAGAAGGAGAAGCUAGUGUGAUGGAUACGUUUGUUAGUCCGUCCCUGAGUGACAUCGAAGCGCUUCUCUCGGGGUCUAAAUCAGCCCAAGCGAAGCGAGCAGAAAUGGAUGAGUCUACGCAGCAAGAAGCGGAAUGGGCCAAAAGAGUAGCGCGAGCGGUUAUCGAGUUCGCGCGGUGCUGGAUGAGCUUCGUUGUCGAGCGUUGCGACCGAGGUCGAGGCUUGAGGCCUAGAUGGGCAAGCCAAGGAUUAGAGUUUUUAAUGUUGGCCUGUGAUCCGUGCAACACCAAACAUCUGAGCGAUGAAGAGUUUGAGGAUCUGAAGCAGCUAAUGGACGGGUGUAUAUCGCACGUGAUCGGUUCCCGCACUCCUACUCCCACCACGAUAACGCCCACCGCGCCGCAUCGGAGGCCCAGGAUACAUAGUCCGCACAGCACUAGCAGCACGAACAGCAAAGAAAGCGGCUACCCUCCAACUCCACCGAGUGAACAUGACGGACCUCUCAGCUUACAUAGACUUGAAGAUACGCAACACAGCAAACGUGUGAUAGAAGCAAUACAAAGACUGGACGAGGCCAGAGACGAAAAGCUGCAGCAGGCGAAAUCAGUAGGGAAAGUUCUAGAGUCCACAGUGAAGAGUUAUGAGCCAAAGCUCAGGCAGUUGACCUUCAAAUGGCAACGAGGUCUGAAGAUCGGCGCCGGGACUUUUGGAAAGGUCUACACAGUAGUGAACACGGAGAGUGGACAAUUGCUCGCAAUGAAGGAGCUAAAUAUCGGCGCAGGAGAUCGAAGAGCGUUGCAGAGGGCGGCCAAUGAGCUGCGCGUGUUGGAAGGGGUCUUACAUCCGCAUUUGGUCCGGUAUUACGGCUGUGAAUUGCAUAGGGAAGAAAUGCUGCUAUUCAUGGAGUUAUGUGUGGAAGGCUCGCUAGAAGCGCUAGUGGCGACCUCUGGCGCUCUGACGGAACACACCACCAGAAGAUACACGAAGCAACUGCUCAGUGCAGUGUCCGAACUGCACUCCCGAUCCAUCGCGCAUAGAGAUAUUAAAAGUGGCAACAUUUUCCUAACCAACGAAGGUCACUGUCUGAAGCUUGGUGACUUUGGCUGUGCAGUCAAAAUUCGUGCUAACACCACAGCGCCGGGUGAACUGCAAGGCUACGUUGGUACACAGGCGUACAUGGCGCCGGAAGUGUUCAUGAAGUCUUCAGGCCACGGCAGAGCUGCGGAUAUCUGGUCGCUGGGCUGCGUCACCACCGAGAUGGCUUCAGGGAAGCGCCCGUUCUCGGAGUACGACAGCAACUAUCAGAUAAUGUUCGUGGUGGGCAUGGGCGGGCGGCCGCACAUACCGGACACGCUGUCGCCGGAGGGCCAGCAGUUCUGCCUCAGCUGCCUCACCCAUGACCCUGACCUGCGCCCGCGCGCUGAGGCCCUCAGCUUGCAUCAUUUCUUGAUGGUAAAAUCUGAUGACGACUGCAAGUGUGAACCAGCUUAUCUAAUUACGUAGAAGACACCGCAAGCCUCCAAGAUGGAGGUGGCCAACACUGGGAAGAAUGCCGUGACGUCUAAAAUUGGAUUAAGGUGGAUUGGAUUGGAUACGGGUCUGCCCGCGAAAUUCAAAUUUAAUUUGGUUUUUUGCAAUUCGUAAAUUAAUACGACAAAGUAGGCUUAUGGCACUUUAAUUGCGCCAAUGCAGUAUCAUCACAGGUUUAUAUAAAAAUCUUUACUUGAAAGGGUCCGAUUUAAGAAAUUGGCUUUACACGUGAUAUAUUACUGCACCCCUCCCUCCCCCUUGUGAUAUUUUGUGACUUUAUGGACCCCCUCCCCCCCUUCCUGUCCCUUUCGAGCCUCACGUGAUUAAUGGACAGCCCGCUUUUAGACCCGUUCGCAUUCUGCAGGUACGGAACCAUAAUAUUAAAACUAGUCUCAAAUAAGCAUCGUAGAUGUAUAUGUAUUAAAGUAGUAUGUACAAUACAUAUUAUGUAGGUUUUAAUCAAACUCUACGUAUAAAAUACCUAUAAAGUUUUAUGAAUGAGUAUUGUAUGAAAAACUUAAGCAUUGUAUGAGCCAUAAUAAUAAUCAAAUUGUGUUUAUGUAAUUUUAGGUUAGAGUUAAUUAUGUAAAAAGGGAAUAUUAUUAUGUAAAAAGAAUUUGAGAAAUUUUAUAUUCGAGGGAAAGAAAAAGAGAAAUAGAGAAAUGAAAUAAAAUGUAAAGACAUAAUAAAAUUAUAGAAAUAAUAGAUUACGAACAUUUCGGAUGAAUAAACAUUAUAGGUUAUAGUGAGAAUAAUUCAUAAUUAUUAUGGAUAGAUAUUUUUGAAGCGGUGAUAGUCUGGUGGUUAAAGACUGGCGUCCUAUUCUGAGGGUCUAAGGUUCGAUCCCGGCCACGCACCUUUAAUUUUCGGUUGCCUGAGAGUUUCCAUAAUGUUCUCUAAAAUGUAAUCAGUCCACCAAUCUGCAUUUGGCCAGCGUGGUGGACUAAACCCUUCUCAUUGUGACUUCCUCUCACAAUGAGAAGGGCGUACUCAGUAGUGGGUCUGUUUUGGGUCGAGAUGAUGAUGCUGAUGAUUUUGGAUAAUAAGAUUUUUGCAUUUAUUUUGAGCAGCUUGUUUCGGAAAAGGCUUGAGAUUGUUUAUAUUAUUUUUAAAAGUCGCAAAGUAUUGUCUAUUGUAUAGUUAAGUGCCAUCAAACAUUUUCAUUGUUAUGUAUUCCAUUAUAAAAUAUAUAAUAUGAUGUAGCUGUGUUAUAUAAUUUGUUGUAACUUGUAAGAACUCAGUUUUAAUAAAAAUAGUGGAAAAUUAA